ACACCAGGAUGCAGGAUUCCAGCUUUACUCGCUGACGGUUCUCAAGAAGUGUGAGCUGGAUCAGAACUCACAGUCCUCAUCCAACUAAGCAGCAGAGGACUCACCUCCCGAUGCUGGUGGAAUGGUGGCAGGAGGACUGAAAAGAGCGCCGGACGGCUGGGAAAGAGUGCAACCAGUCUCCCAGACUCCUACUUUGGACCAGAGACCACAGAAGAAAUCUUACAAGAAACUCCAAGUUGUCAUCUGUGUUCUGCUUGUGGAGCUGUGCGAGAGGUUUACAUUCUUUGGGAUUGUUUGUAACAUGAUUCUGUUUUGCACCGUGAAGCUGGGCUAUGACAACUUCCUGGCUGUAACCGUCAACCUGUGCUUCAUAGGAGCCAGCACCCUGACCCCUGUUCUGGUCGGGUGGUUUGCAGAAACCUGCUUAGGAAGGACUAAGGUCCUUUACUUGUGUGCCUUUCUUCAUUUCUUUGGUACAGCCAUGCUGCCAGUGGUUGCGUUUCCAUUUGAAGAUUUCUACAUUGACACUCAUCACAUGACCCAUAAGUUGGACCCCAUUGAGCAGCAGAUCUUGUUUUAUGUGGGUCUCCUGGCUGCUGCGCUGGGCAUCGGUGGCAUCAGGGCCAUCCUCUGUCCAAUGGGAGCCUACAGCCUGCAGAGCUGCAACCAGCACCAGCUCCUGUCCUUCUUCAACUGGUUCUACUGGCUAGUGAAUCUGAAUUCCACUGUCGUGUUUUUGGGCAUCGCUUACAUCCAGCAGUCUGUGGCCCAAAAUCUGGGCUUCCUCAUCCCUUUCACCUCCGUGCUGCUGGCUCUCAUCGCCAUCCACAUGAUGCGCAGCAAACUCACCUACAAACCCAAGAGAGGUGGAUCCUUACUGACCACACUAGGAGUUUUCCUGAACUCUUUCAAAAUGUGCUGCCUCCGUCAUCGCCACCUGAGUGGAGAUGAGGUGUCCUGGCUGGACCGGGCCAAAGAGAACAAUGGUGGGCGGUACAGCGAGACCCAUGUGGAAAAUGUAAAAGUCUUGACGAAGCUCUUUCCUCUCUAUGGACUUCAGCUGCUGUACAGAGUCUGCGUCACACAGAUUCCCUCAGGUUACUACAUACAGGCCAUGAACUCUAACCUCCACCUGAAUGGCCUUCUGCUGCCCAUCGGUGCCAUGAAUGUCAUCAGCAUCCUGCCUCUGCUGCUCUUAGCCCCGCUGAUGGAGUUCGUGACAACCUACUUCCUCUCCAUGGAGAAAACUCCACUGGCACCUGCAAGAGUCAUCACUUUGGGCCAUGCAUGUGCUGCUGUGUCUGUCCUGGUGGCGGGUUUGGUGGAGCUGCAUAGGAAGGCCCACCCACUGGUGGAGCAGACCCUCUCCGGGAAGGUUCUGCAUGUGUCAUCCAUGCCGUGUUUCCAGCUGGCACCUCAAUACAUCCUGCUCGGUGUGGCUGAAGCUCUCGUCACUCCUUCGUGUUCCCUCAUAUCCUUCCAGCUGAUCCCAAGCCACAUCAGAGGGAUCUCCCUGCACUUCCUCACUCUGUCCUAUGGAGGGGGCUGUUUACUUGGUGCCUUCAUCAUUCAGCUUGUGCAUUUUUGCUCUGGAGGAAACUUCUACCCAAACUCUCUGCAUGAUGGGAAUCUUGAGAGAUUCUUCUUCCUUCUGGCCUCAUUGAUGACUAUAAAUACUCUUCUGUUCUGGAGAUUAUCAUACAGGUACAUGGACCUGAGUGUUCAGGGGAAACCACUGAGCAGCAGCUCUCUGUCUGACAAGCUGCUGCAAUACAAGGCCACACUGCGCUUCUACGACACUGUAGAACAUCUCUCUACUGACUCUGUUUUAUGACUGCCUUUACUGAGGUCCCCUGUUAGUGGCGCUGGCGCUGCGUAUUUGUGUUUCCUUAAUCUAUAACAGUGACAUGCUCUGUAGAGUAAAAUCUAUCAAUACAAGUCCAGAAGUCUCAAAAAAUGUAUUUUUUUUAUAGAAAUUUACCAUUUUUAUUAAAUAGUUGUUUGAGCUUGAAUUGAUGGUCAAAUUCAAGUGGUAAAAAAACAUUAACAUAUUACGACAAAUGAGAAACUAAUAAUAAUCCAAUGGUGUGUUUUGUUGAAGUUCAUAAUGUGAGUCAAUCAAAUUUGCAGACAUUACAAGCAGCAUUAAAAAUUAGUGAUGAGUUUUGUAAAAUAGAGAUAAUCUGAUAAAAUGUGCACAAAAUCUAAAACAAAUUGCCCACUAAUGAGUAACAGCCAUUUUAAUACGAAAUGUUUGCAACAAUCAAUUGACUGCAAAAACAUUGAUCUCAAGCAAGAAGUAAAUAAGAAGCACUGUAACCACUGAAGAUAUUCUUUAUGUCAGUAAAGCAUUUUCAUUCUUCUAUAUAUGCACCUUGAAAUUCACACCAAAGUCUGAAUUUCUAUGUGUUAUCACUGCAAAAACAUUAAUGACAGAAUAAAAAAAAUAAAUCUCAGUUCAAGAUAGUGAUGAUUACAUAUUUGCAUCAUUAGGCGUCUACAGAUGGGAAUUAGCUUUUUGUAUAAUGUGGUAAAAUGUAUCAAUGGUGACAUUUAUGUUUGAGUUGUACAUUGUACCAUUUAUUAUAUCUAUAAUUUC